AUGGCGCUGAACCCUCAGUACGAUGCUAUCGGUAAAGGUUUUGUACAGCAAUAUUACACACUAUUCGACGAUCUGGCACAGCGGCCAAAUCUGGCAAAUAUGUACAACGUAGAAACAUCAUUUAUGACUUUUGAAGGAGUUCAAUUACAGGGUGCAGUUAAAAUUAUGGAAAAAUUAAAUAGUUUGACAUUUCAAAAGAUUACCAGAUUAGUAACAUCAGUAGAUUCCCAGCCAAUGUUUGAUGGUGGUGUAUUAAUUAAUGUUCUCGGCAGAUUGCAGUGCGAUGAGGACCCGCCGCAUCCCUACAUGCAGACCUUUGUCUUGAAACCACUUGGAGAUUCUUUCUUUGUUCAGCACGAUAUAUUCCGUCUCGGCAUUCACGACGUCGCU